AUGAUCGUUACCAUCUGGAAGGUGAAAUGGCUAUCGAGAAGCUUCUCGCUCAGCAGGAAGAACGAAGCACGGAUUGUGCAUUACUGCACAUACGACGGUGGUGGCGAGCCGGAUGAAGAUCCUUCUUAUAUGGUUAUUUACGAAACCCUACACGAUAUAUGCGAGGAGCAGCGUAGCAUCAUGGACAACGGUGUUGACCUUUCGGUUUUAUCCUCAACCUUUGGAGCACUUGCUCGAGUCAAGAAGCUGGGCUUGAAAUUCUGCGAGGUGAUAGACGACGACUCGUCGCUGUCACCUUUCACCGCAUGCAUGACUACAGUAGAAGACUCCUAUGAAUACCAUCCGCUAAUCGUAUCUGAUGCCAUCCAGAGUUCCAGAAAUAGAGGCACUGCGAUCAAUACCGUCAGCUUAUCAGGGUUCAACCUUCCGUACUACCAUCAAUUGGAGGUUCCAGACCUGAGCACAUUGUUAAAGUCUCUCGACAAGCGGCUGCAAUCUGUCCGGGUCAUAUGCGUGAGUGAUUCGAGGUUUUCCCCUGGAAGUACUGUCCCGUUGCACACUGGAUAUACAUCGACUUGA